GGAUCUAUUGUUAACAGGAUAUACAUAUAACGAUAUUUAGAAGAAGAAAAAAACUAGUGAAAGUGAUAAUUAAAGAAAAUCAUUUGUGGAUUUUUAACGAUUGAGCGAGUGAGGUUGCUUGUGCCUCAGUUAGGACCCAGUAGAACCUGCUGAGAGAACACCUCACUGAACUGAACUGAACUGAACUGAACUUCCCUGGAUAUACUACUGACGGAGGAGGAGUACCUUGGACCUUCAUUCAUCGCAUCUACACACACACACACAGGUGCGCUAGGAGCUGACACACUUCCAUUGGCAAGGAGUGACGAUGGAGGAGGAGAGGAGGAUGUAGGGUGGAUGUUAGAACUGGAGGACAACCAUCAAGUACUCCUCCACAUCCACUUGUUGCACCACAACCACCACUGUUACCACCCCAUCCACCACCAUCAAUCACCAUCAUGGGGUUGACCAGGAGAUGGGGUAUAGUCGUGAGCUUGGCAAUAGUGACCCUCUUUGCCUACUGUCAUGCUAGCGAUACCCCCAACUACAAUUGUUACAACUUCAUCAGAAAUGGAAAAGCAGCAGAACGAAGCAAUGACAAAAGUGUAUCACGUCAACAUCGGAAACGGGGUGCCUCCGGAUGUGAUGGUCCACACUGUGCAGCUAUAGAGCCAAGGGGAGAUAUUGUAAUUGAAGUUGACUCAUACUACGAAGCUGUCUGUCUCUUUAACCCACAACAUAUAAACAAACAAGAUGUCCGUUUUAAGCAUGUUGAAAAUUCGCCUGAAAAGUCAUACCAGAUUCAACCUGUAGAAGUGAGCGAUUCGGCUAUAAGAAUAAACGUUAGUCACAGUGAAGCGGUGGAAUACAAGCUGCAGUGUCUGAGGAACGAUUCUUUCUUAUGUGAACGAACAGUCAAAGUUGGAUAUAUGCCGCAGGAUGUGGAGAACUUCACGUGCAUCUCCAAAAAUUGGCAGACGCUAAACUGUACAUGGACAAUUCCGUAUAACCCCGUCCAAGUUAUAUAUAAUCUCACGUAUGUUGUGGUGGGCCUCCAUAAUAGCAGAUACGGUAUCGCCAAGUGUCCCAAAUAUUCAAUUUUUGGGAAGACUGGCAGUUGUCUCCUGAGUGAACUAACCAAGCCUGCACAUGAUAAAUGGGAGUGGUAUAAUUUCACUCUCAACUCUGCCAAUCAGUUGGGAACCCAUAAUGAGGCAUUUUACAUCAACCAGUAUGCUCAAGUAAUCCCAGAUCCACCGAAAGAUAUGGUAGCCAAUGUAAUUGGCCCUCAUGUAGUCAACAUAACAUGGAUGCUGCCUUUCCCAAUUGAUGUGUUUUACGAUGGUGGUGUGAUUCAGCAAGUUUCAUAUAGAGAACGCAGAGUGGGAGAUCAACAUGAAAAUGCUCCUUGGCAAGAAGUUGAUCAGUGGAGGGUUGUGCCAAACCGCUUCAAGAAGGAAAUAUUCAGUAAAAACAUCACAAACCUCCGUCCCUACACACUCUACGACUUCCGUGUACGUCUCCACACCGGGACAGGAGCUAUCAGAGAACACAUGUGGUCUGAUGAAGAAAUUCGUACCGAGAGGACUAUUGCUACACGUCCCACAAGAGCUCCCAAAACUGAUAUCGGUACAUUUGAGGUCGAGAACACUAUCCAAUAUCGUGAAAUUUUCAUCAACUGGCAGAGAGUGGAUCCAAUGUAUUGGAAUGGUCCCAGUUUUCGCUACGAUGUCACAGUGUUUGAUAAUGAAGAUGGCAGACUUGUUACCCUGAGGCCUGAAAAUAUAGAAAUCGAAGAUGCUUUUGCUAAAUUUACCAGCAUGAAUAAGAGUACUGCCUACAGAUUUGUGAUCAGACCAGUGAAUGAUGUAGGACAAGCUGCAGAAGACAUUAAGGCAGAAGUCGUGGUACCCGAGAUGUCUGACAUAAUAGAGCCCCUGACAUUCUUUAGAGUGACUGCCAUCAAUGGUUCCGUCAACACCAUUUACAUGACCAGGUGGAGCCUCCCAGCGGAUGAGAAAGUGAACCAGAUGAUAAAGAGUCUGACACUGUACUGGUGCAAGAAGGAUAAAUACGAGCAUCGGUGUAAGAACAAACUUGAAUGGGUGAAUAUUGAGGACACAAGCAUCACAGCCAAAAAUGUGACAUAUCUGGAUUCUUCUAUUUACAUGUUUGGUAUAUCUGCCAACUCCCUCAACUCCUCCAGUGGGAUCAAGUGGGUCAACUGCAUUGCAAGUUACGACAACCCUCCUCCACCCCUGACAAAUUUUAAGGCUGUUUAUGUGACUUCAACGGAGGUAAAGUUGAAGUGGUCCAUUGACUGUAAAGCAAUACCUACUGGCUUCAACAUUUCAUACUGCAAUGUGACAGGCAAUGAGAUAAGCUGCCCUCCAAAUGCCGAUGUAACAUAUGAAAUACUAAAUGAUGAAACUUUAGUUGAACAUAUAGUAAGAAACCUUCACCCAUACACCUACUACAUCUUCAACAUUGCAGUUCUGGCUGACAGUGGCCUCGGCAAAUGGAGCAAAUCAGAAAAGAAUCAAACGAAGCCAUACAAACCCAGUGGUCCACCACAAGACUUGGAGGUCAAAGCAAGGGGUCAGGAGUGGGUGUUACUGGCCUGGAAGCCUCCUCUUGUAGAACAACGUAAUGGGAGGAUGUCGCAGUACAAGAUCAUUGGUGAACCACAUCUCAGGUCAAUAGUUGUUCAAGCCCUCCAUAACUCUGACAUAAUUGAGUUCAAUGUAACAGACUUGACAUCCUACACAAACUACACUUUUCAAGUUAUCCCUUGUACAGAAGGUGAUAAAGAUAAUUUUUGUGGUGACCUGAGUGCUUCUCUUGAAGUGCAAACAAGAAUAGGAGCUCCUGGCAAAAUUAGCAGCAUUGAUCAAGAUGACAACCUACUGAAGUGGGAUCAUGAUGAAUGCUUUGCACCAGAGUGUUCAUUUCAGCUUCUCUACAGAGUCAACGGCACAAACCACGUUUACAACACCUCAGCGGGGCAAACAGCUGUCAACUUCAAAGACCUCAACAUUUCCUGCACUGAUCGCCAAAAGGAAAUCUAUAUUGGCAUGCGUGCCAUCAGCAAGAAUGAAGAUGGCCUCAUACUGACUGGCCCAAUGAAGGAUGAGAGGAUAAAUUGCCCUGUACCAGCUUGGCCAUUGUGGAUUAUUAUGAUCAUCGCAGCAGUGUGCAUUGCUAUUGCCUUGAUUCUUGUGGUAGUUGGCACUUAUGGAUGGGACCAGGUAAAGGCGUUCAUGUAUGAACUAAACCGCAAGCCAACCUUCCCAACUGGCCUGGACCCUGACGAAUACCAUCCGCCGCCCCCAUCGUCGGUACCAGGCAAGAAACUAUGGCACUGGAACUUUUAUGUUCCCAGAGACCCGAAAAUCUCCUCAAGUACCAAUGCCUCCAACACUUUAGAAGCACAAGAUCUUAUAAAUACGGGAAGUGGUAAGGAGCGUCAGGGCCGCAACAUGUCGGGUGAUUCCGGCACUUCUGAAGGUGACCCGGGUGAUUCCUCCGGGUGUUCUGUGGGAGGGGAAUCUGACUCAUCUUCAGGGAGUGAUCAUGUGCACCAAUCCUCCUGUGACUCUGGCACUGGUCAAGAGGAACAUAGAUUCUCAUGUAAAAACGAGAAACCUGGAUCAGUGAGGCUGAACAUACCUGGCUCAUCUAACCUCCGGCUGAGACUGCCGUUUGAUAGAAUACCUAACAUGGGAGGAUAUGUAUCUGCUGGUUCUGUACCUAACUUGGCUGGAGGAAUAGCAGAAGCAGGACAAUCCUUGCAGCAGUCUACUCCAAGCCUGGCCCUAGGAAUUCUUCCAGAUAUACCUUUAGAAGCUAGACGCACCUCAACUGGAUAUAUUAGCAUGCCUGACACUGAUGCUGAAAACCUGCACUUGGCUGUGUUGGGUAAUUUAACUCUUCCUCACGAGGGCCGGGGGCAAAAUGGCUUUCCUGCUUACUCUCGACAUAAUUUCCCUCAUCAGAAAACUUCCACACCUGAUUUGUCUCCCUAUACAAAACCCGAGUCAUUGCCUUGGUUUAACACAGGUAAUGUUACUGUGGCUCAGGCUGAGGGUGGAGGAAGAGACACACGAGGUGCUUGUGGGUAUGUAGCAGUUGGUGAUGCUAUGGGUGCCAUGAAGAGACAGCCCUCUCCGCCAUCACUUGAUUUAAAUACCAACAAAUCUCAAAGUACACAAGAUGAAACUCUGCCAACUGGUGCAUAUUGCAGGGUAGGAGCUCGUGGCUCACCUGGCCCUCCCCCUGGAUAUGUCAGUAUCACCCAGGACAUGCUGUCACACACAUCACCAGCUGUUAGUUCUUCUUCUCCAAUUAAUAAAACUCCAUAUGUUACAUGUGCAAUGGCAGAAUCUAUUGCAUCACCCAAGAAAGAACCCGAAAAGGUUACCGGUGACUAUGUGGCUGUAGGGGAUGCAAGAAAUGGGCGUUGGGCUCAUCCAGUGAUGCCACCCAGCACCAUUGAGGAGAGCCGAGAAGUGGCAUCGGCACCAAUUGAAGGCUCUCGAGGUAGACCUUCUCUACCAACACGACCGAACACAUCGGAAACAAACCACAAUCGGGGGGGAAAUCGAUGGACCCCUGUAGGCCCUUCUCUCUCCAAGCAGAGUUCAGGCUAUGUGUCCGGAAAUGUGUCCCAGGAAACAUUAUCCUUCCAUGAUCCUGUAGUUAUGUCUCCAAAAAAGCUUUUGGCCCAGAGCCAUGAGCCUCACUCUGUGGUUUAUUCACCUAACCACAAACCAUCUAUGGUGUGAAACUAAUUUCAUGAUAGUGAAUGGAUUUGUUCUUUAUCCAAGAUGACUGAUAAUUAUUUGUUAAUCCAUUACAAUUCACAGUGCAGUGGGUUCACCUAAUAUUGUUGAAACUUUAUAUAUAUAUAUGUAUAUAUAUAUAUAUAUAUGGUGUCUGGCAUAGCACAGAGUUACAGACGAACUCACCACCUCCUCAAAAAUCCGUCUUCUGUUGUGUUAAAAUUUUGCAGGCUUUAUCUUUCGAUUUGUGUACACAUCAUAUAUGGUAGUUUGUCUCUGCUCUCCUUGGCUGGCCAUUGAAAUGUAGGGUAGUGCAACAAAGACAGACUCACCACCAAUGGGAAUGCUGGCUGACCCCACACCCUCCCUCUCAGCCAAUCACCUUGUCCACACAUCUCUCAGCGUCUACGUAUUAUAUACAGCUACGGAUUUUAAGGCUGUUUUUGUGGGUUUAAUAGCCAUUUUGUGAUUGGAAAAUUAGUUCCUGAGAUACUGAAGUGUUGCUUGGCCAAUUCUAUCAAUAUUUGAUGAUAUUGUGGGAUUUUAUAGUUGUAAAUCUUUGACGCUUGUUUAUUCAAAAUCAUGUUUUAGUUAGUUUGUCUGUGCUAUGUUAGAUGCCUCACAUUAUAUAUAUAUAUAUAUAUAUAUAUAUAUAUAUAUAUAUAUAUAUAUAUAUAUAUAUAUAUAUAUAUAUAUAUAUAUAUAUAUAUAUAUAUAUAUAUAUAUAUAUAUAUAUAUAUAUACACAGUAUAUAUAUAUAUAUAAAGUAUGUAUCAAGACUAUAAUAUUAUCCCUUUGGAUUACUCCAAAGGCAAAGUUACCCUAUUCUGGGGAGUGAACUUCCAUUUUUUUCUCUGAAAUUUGUGAAUUUGUGUGUGAAGACUCGUACAGAGAAACACCAAGUGUGUGAUACCAAAUCCUCAUCAGUGCAGUGAUAAUCUGAACAUAGUUUGGUGAAAAUUAACGUUGGAAAACCAAGAUAUGUAACUUAAGUGUUUUUUGUAGUGACGUUUGGGGUUUAUAGUGCAAAUCUUGCGAGCUUUGCUAAUUAUUGAUCCCUCUGUUAUCAGUGGUACACCUUUAGAAAGUACAAAGACUUGCUCCCGGUAGUUGGUGUUCAGCCAGCAGAAUUUGAUGGAAACAGCUGUGUAAGACUAAAAGAAGGUGUGUACAAGUUGGAUGUUUUUUUAAAAGUAGAAAACCUUACUGUCUGUGCAUCAAAGAGCCAUAAAUGCUAAUUAUGAUUUCCUUGCAAGUGGGAGAUACACUAAAGAGCAAUUACUGUCAUCAAUUUUCAGGUCUUGGAUUUAUUUAUUAUAUUUUAUUUUUGCUGAAGUUACUCUUUGCAGUUCAAAAGGUCAUUUAUUAAUAAAAAUAAAAUUACCAUAACCUAUCAUGGUAAUUAUCUCUGAGAGAGUGGCAAUACUUUUUCUUACUGAUGACAAUGCAAAGUUGAAGAUUGAUUCUAAUUAUUUGUUCAUGAUGUAUUGCUUGCUGAGCAUUGCCCUGCCAUGCUCUAGUAAACAACAGUUUUAUGGCAUUGGGUAAAUAUCUCGGCAACAGAUUUCAGUAAGGACUGGUUACUCUGUUUGAUCAUUAGACAUAUUGGAACAUGUUUAGAAAGUAAAUCUACAGUAUUUGUCAAAUAUGUGAUGACAGACUGUGUACAAAAGGUGGUAGCAGCAAAUUUCAUCUUCUUUACAUCAACCUCCAUCUCUGCUGGCAGUUCAGUAUGAAACACCACUGCUUAGGAUGAUUAUUAGUCAAGUAUUAGGAUCUUCACAUGAGAUGACUGCUGUGUAGUCCUAAGUUGGUUAUAUCUCCUGAGCUCAGUGCCAAGUAGUUAUUCACGUGUUGAGAGUUUAAGCUACACUUCCCAAUGCUCAAUAUGUCUCAGUUGAAUACUCAUUUUGCAUAUGUAUGGGAGAAUUUGGGAGCCACUUGCUUACUUCUGUUGUGUAGCUUUAUGUACAACCCAUCUUGAGUGUUACUUAUAACUGUUUCAGAAGAGAUGUAUUGAAAAAUGAGACCUGAUUUUUUUUAAAUAUGUAUUUUAAGCCUUUUCCCCCCAAAAUUCCAGCAUAAUGAAGUGCAGUUCUUGGUGUUUGCAGAUAUAUUGUUUCUGAUACAAGUUUGUGAUAUACAAGAUGGUCUAGAAAGUUCAGUUGCAUCAUUGAGACUCAGUGGCGUGUUCAUGUUGUGUUUAAGAAUGUUUAUUGCAUGCUCCCUACUUGUUAUCUGUUCAUCUGUUCAUGUAUAUUGUGUAUGUUAACUUACUGCCCAAUGUUCACAUCUUUCAACUUACCGCCCAGAGUCACUAAAACUGUCAGUGUCCACGCAUCACCACACUUGCUUGGUUCUACCCGCACAUCCAUAAAAAUCAAAACUUGUGUCCAACCUGACUAUUAUGAUAAUUGUAGUCAGAUACUCAUUCAUAUAGAUAACUUUUCUCAUUUUCUCAUAUCCAAUUCAGUCAUGAAAUAUUUUACACCCAAGUUAAACCGGCCCAUAGUAGAGAUCAACAUUAGAGUGUAUCAUAAACAAUACCCUGUGAUACAGCGUUCAUGCCUGCUCAAGGUUCAGUGUCCUAGGAGUGUUAAAGGAGUUGUUUCAAGGAGAAAUGGAUGAUGUUAUCCAAGAAUAAGGUGUCAAUCUUUCCUGAACAUAAACAAAAAUCCAUCGAGUUGAAAUCUUGUGGUGCACCUGUGAUUAUGAGGAUGAGUAUUGAAUUUUUUUGUUUUUUCUCUGAAUCAAAGGUAAUAUCAACAAUGGUUAAGGAACUAGGAUAAUAUCACUAUAAUGUAGAAGGACUGAUUACAGGUUGUAUUAUGAUUAAUUUGAAGAAUGUUAUCACCCUUCCCUGUAAAGUGUGUUUUUACCAAGAUAAAUUCUAUAGUUUCCAGAAUGCAGAAAAGGAUUGAUAGAUUGAAAAAAGUUUGACUAAAACAGAUAUCAUGUAAUCUUUUAUGGUAAGUACAGGUAUAGAUCCUCAAAUAUGGGACCAUUGGGAUAAACACUGAACCCGUUUUGAGAUUUUUCCGCUUUCCUGGAUCAUCCAUGUUACCAUAGGCCUACAUGGAGACUACUUCAGGUUUUGCUUUUACACUGUGUCACACACACACACACACACACACACACACACACACACAGCUGAAUGUUGGUUUUACUUCUUAAAUAACAAAAUAAAGAAAAUUUGUACAUGCUUAAAAAAUAAAACAAUAAAUACAAUCUAUUCAGAAGUUGAGAGCUUCAGAAAAUUAAGUUUGUGGUUUGUGGAUGCUCCAGCAGCAUCUAGUGAGUCACAUCUGCCAGAACUAGUGAGUUCAUGAAUAAUUAUUAUUGUUUGAUUGAAUAAAUAGCCUGUGUGCGUGUAUAUAUAUAUAUAUAUAUAUAUAUAUAUAUAUAUAUAUAUAUAUAUAUAUAUAUAUAUAUAUAUAUAUAUAUAUAUAUAUAUAUAUAUAUAUAUAUAUAUAUAUAUAUAUAUAUAUGUUGUUUUUACAGAGCUUUUGAAAUUAAUAUUGGUCAAAUUAAACCAAAGAUUUGCUGGGACAUCAACAAACCUUUUAACAUUCAACUGAGUGUGUGUGUGUGUGAUCACAUUAAAACACAUAUUUCCAGGUUAUUGAACAAAUUAUAAUUCAGGAUUAAAGGCAUACCAGUUAAUAACAACAGCAAUUUCCAUCUGAUAAUUAACGUAAUUUUUUUUCACAUUAAUUGGCAUACAUUACGUGUCACUUUUCAUAAGGAUUGAGGCGUUGCAAUGUUAACAAAUGAAAAAAUUUCUCUGGAUUUGCAAACACUAUUUAGGUUAGGAUUCAGAUUAUACUGUACAGUACUAUAGUUUAUACUAUAAUCAUUUAAAGUACAGUACAGGUAUGUGUAUUGUGGGCUAUUAGGGUCAUUGAUACUUUGUUAUAUCAAAGUCUUAUUUAUGUGAAAAUUUGAGUAUACAAUACUGUACUGUAUGUGGUUCGAAGGUCAGUACACAAGUGUGGUACAUGAUGUUUCAGAUGUGUGGUGCCAAGGUCCAAUGAAUCUUGAAAAUAAAUUUUGUAAAAUAUUUAAGUUCACUGCGCUGUUGUUUCCAAGAGUACGCAUCUUGUGGUGUUUUGCUGUAAAAACUCUCGACCAAAUUAAUUGGUGUGUGGCCAGACUGUUUAAUAGAUUUUUUUUUUUAAAUUGGGUAUCACAGUGGUCAUGGGAACCAUAAUAGGCUUGAGUCUUAUUGGCACAUUAUAUGUAUUGGUUAAAUUCGAUCUUAAGACAGGCUCAAACUUAUUGUCACAAUGAGAUUAAGGCUUAGUCUUCAUUUUCCAUUAGAAUUUAGAGUAAUUUAACACAUGAGUCCUUGAUGUGCUAUUAUGUAUGGCACCCAACAGAAUUAUAAGCCCAGUAGACCACAAAUAUAAAAACUUGAAAAGUACUGUUCAGAUUAAAUUUUUCAUUUAAACCAUGUGUUAAGACAUGGAGCUCCAUGGGCAUGUAAAGCCCUAAUUUACCACAAAAUUUCCAGGCACAUUUUUUUGUUAAAACUCCAUUUUAUUAUUACAGGGUCCUUAUCCUAUUAGACCCCAAGCUCAUUGGCAACCUAAGCUUUGGGCUUGUUCGUCAUUUCCAUUAAAACUUGGUCUCCUGUAGUAUGCUCAUGUACAGGUGUACCUUAUUUCAUCAAGAUCAACUUGGUCCUUUUGGGAAAAGUUCUUGAGAAUUUUAGAAGAAUUUCAUGUGACCCAAAUUUAGUCUUUGGAGAUCUUUUAAAAGUCCAUUGAGUAGGGAUCCUAUGUGUAUAAUGAUGUAUUUUUGUGGAUUAUUUUUACUAAUGAGUAUAAAUCCCUAAAAAGAUUGGCUCAAUACCUAUAAGCCAGUGAAACUGGCAUUGAAAAAGUACUUUAGAUAUUGUAAAAUAGUCAUUAUAAAAUGAAGGAAUAAUAAUUCUAAACAGUAUUAUAAAUAGUAUCACUUAUAAGUUAGUGCCACGGAUUAUUUUCAGUCUAUUAAUGAAAUGUUGGAUUAUAAUUUUUACAUAAAAGUUUGUGAAGUUUGAAUAUAUGGAGUGCAAAGACAUGGACGGUUACUAAACAUUAUAUACUUGCACUUUUUUCCAAUACACAGUACAGUACUGUACAGCAUAUAUGUUAUGAUGCCACAACUCCAUUUUAUUUCAGACAUGGUAAUUAGUCCUUUGAUAAUUGUGAUAUUCUUCAGUUCUUAGAGCCACUGACAUGAAACAAAUACAGUGAACAGUGGUUAAAGCCUUCAUUCAGUGAUCUUCAGAAGUAUUGAAGGUGUUAUAUACUAUACAGUGUAUAUACUGUGUUGGAUUUGUGAAGCAUAAGCCACAGCCUCUGUUGGAGAAGUAUAAAGUUUUGGUUAAUUUUAUGGAUAAAGUUAAGAUUGUACAUAGUAUUACUUGUUGGCUCUUGUCUAGUUGGGAUCUUAAACCAAAAUUAUAUGCUUUUUUUAAUAUGGAGAACACCUAGGAUUUUUUUAUUAAUAAUAACAAUAAAAGUCGAAUUUAUAAAAAAAUAAAAUAUAAUAGAGAAAGUUAUGUAUAUCAGUGGAUUGUUGUCUGUGAGAGACCCUUAAACCAUAUACAAUCUGCUAUGUCUAGUCCUGAACUGUAACCUUGUACAAAGUUACCGUGGAUGAGUUCUGUGAAUUUUAUAUGCCAUCAGCAGUUGAAUAGUCUGUAAUAUAAGCAACUCCUAUUCUCUCUGGUAUACUAACGUAACAUGCAUUUGUAUGAUACUCAUUAUCAAACAAUCUCAUUGGGGGAAAAAGAGCAGGUGACAUUUACUGAAAAUAGUCAAAAGAAUCUUUGUGUUUUAUAUUUUUUAAUAAAGCUUGGCAGUUUCACAGUACUUCUCAUGCAAUUGGAAAGUACAGUAAUAUCUUCUUACUCCAGUCAAUCAGAUAUUAUAUGUAUUGUUACCAAGAAAACCAAUUUAAAGAAUUAAUGUAAGAGAUUUCUAUUUUAUUAGAGUUAAAGGAGAUGCUUGCUAACCAUAUGCAUUAUGUUCACAAGUGCUGUCAUGUUAUGUAACUGCUGAAAAUUUAUACAAAUAUUGAUGAAUUAUAUGAGGUUGAGAAAUUAUUUUGAGGAGAUGUUACCUGUGGGUGACUGCCACCUUGUAAAUAGAUAAUGAUACAGGAAAAUGGUCACCCACAUGGGUACAGUACCACACCUUAUGUAAGACUUCAAAAUUUGUGCCAAACUGACAGUGGCAAAUGAACAACAGUUGUCUCUGUCAAGCCUCUGGUUUUACCAUUAGAUUUCCUCCUUUAACAAAAUGUACACUAUUUUUGUAGUUUUUCUUUGUUUGUCUUCAUUUUUUCUUAGAAAUUAUGGCAAAAUUUGAAUGUGGAAUUAAGAAAUUGUAUUUCACAAUUGUAUACAACUGCAUGUCCAGUUUAGGGAAAUCUAUUAUAGAUAUAAUGUUGGUGGUAUGAUAGUGUACAGCAGAUUUAGAUGUGCUGGCAAUGUUUGAGAUUAAUGUUAGGUGUGCUGGCAGAUUGAAUAAGAAAAUUAUUCUUUGUGGCAUCCAUGUUGCCAUAUCACCACAAUGCUCAUGAAAGGCAUGCUUGUUUGACAUACUGUAUAUAAAUGAUAUAUCCAAGAUAAUUCCCUCCCACAUGUCUUAAAUAGGCUCAUGUUAAUGUGUGCUGAGUAGAUUAUUUCAUCCCAUUUUCAUAUUGACAAUUUGUGAAAAGUAGAGAUAAAAGAUUUUGAUUAUAAGUGAAAGCUGUCAGUGCUUUUUAGUUAGCAGCAUUAUCGCGAGUCUACCAUAAGCAUCCCACACUUUCCUGCGUCUUCCUUCUCCCUCUUCCCAAGAAACCUCCAUUCCCAUAGAGAUUACUGACCUCUUGUUACCUCAUACAAGCUGUGGUAAUUGUGCAAGGGUUACUAAAAUGCCGAGUACUCCCUCUGAUAAAGGUCCCACAAGCAGGGAAUUUGAACUCUAAAAUGUUCUUUAAUAAUGCUUGUUCCCUAACAGUUACUAGACAGACAUUAAGCUUUAUUAAAUUACCAUUUUUAGUUUAAAUUUGCUGAUUGAAGCAUAUAGCCUAUACGGAUAUUCUCUUAUGAUAUGUGCUGUAGAAAUUCAGUGUAGAACUUUGGCUGUUGGACAUAACAUGUGGUUUGUGUGCAACAUAAUAUAGUGCUAAAAUGUAAUUAAUAAAGUGUAUUGUAAACAGUUGAACAUGUAUAUGUACAAAGAUUGAAAAAUAUUUUAUCGGAGAAAA